AAUAACACAUUGUUUCUUGAAAAUAUAUUAAUUAAUAAUCAUAUAUUUGUAAUUAAUAUUGUAACAAAAAUAAUUGAUAUAUAUUUUUCAAAUUAAUAUUUAAUUUUAAUUAAUUAUAAAACUUAAAAGAAGACUUUUUUUGUGAGAACGUCAUGGAUUGGAUGUUUGACAAAAAAAUAAUAUUAAUAAAUAUAAUGCCAUAACAUUAUUCAAAUGUUUGACACAAAAAAUCCAUCAAAUGUAAGUGAAAAAUAAACAACAUGCAAUGUGAAAGCAAAUAACUUAAAAUUGAAAAUAUAACCUAAAUUCAAAUCCAAAAGAAAAAGUUCAACAUAAUACUCUUAUGUCAAAUUCCAACAUUACAUAAAUAAGUUCCAACGUAACUUAAGUAAGUAAUUCAAAAGAAAGGAAAAUAUAAGUCUAUAACCCCAUUCACAAGGAAAUUCUACUUUAAUAACGUCACCAGUUAUAUGUCAAGUUUGUUAAUAACUCAUUCUUUCCAAUAUUAAGAGGUGUGGUUUCAAAUAUUAGAAUAAUAACACGGUUAUGCUAAAUGAAUAAAAUAAAAAAAUAAAAAAAUACGAGCAAUUAUAUGGAAUCACAAGAAGUAAAGGUUGGGAAUGAAAAGAAAGAAAAUGAAAAAUAAAUAAUAUAAAAAGAAAAAUACAUUUUAAAAAAUAAAAAUAAUAAAAAAGUAAAAAUAAAAAAGAAAUAAAAAAUAUUAAAAAUAAAAAAAAUUAAAAUAAUAGAAAUAAAAAAAAAUUAAAAAUAAAAAUAAAUUAAAGUAAAAAAAUAAACAAACUAAAAAGUAACCCUGUAAUUACACCCAAUUCUCAGCCCCCCCUUGAGAAUUGGAGAGUGUAAUUACACCCUGUCAAUUACACCCAAUUCUCACCUAACUGUGUAAUUACUUGGUCAAACAAACAGGUCAAACUGUGUAAUUACACCCAAUUUCAAUUACCUGGGUGGCUUUCCAAACAGCCCUAAAUAAGAUCCUAAAUAGUUGCGAUUAUUCUGGAACAAGUCCAAAGACUGUGACACGGCGGCACUCAACAACUAAAAAUAAGAAUAAAAAAGAUCUUCACCAAAAUCUCUCUCUACUAUCGGAUUUCAACAACAGAAUUAUAGCAUCUCUCUAUUCUGUGGCAUUUAUAUUACUGGAUUCGUAAUUGAUGAAUAAUUGGAGUUAAUCACAAGAUUAAUUUGGAAGUUUCUGGAACGUCAUGGAAUAUGGUGAAGCUGAAAGAGUACUUGAGCCGCUUCGAGGAGAAUAUACAAGUGAAACAGUAUCCGACCCGAAUACGUUCCGCCCGCUUCGCUUUGAUGGGGCUGUCAUGGAUGGAAACUCCAAAGCCAAAGGUACUCAAAAUAAGGGCUCCACCAAAUCACAUUUGUACGAGAUUUGUGCGGUAAAUCAUUGGAAAGCACCUUUAUUUGAAUGUUGCAAUGUGGAAGGUCCUGAUCACCAUAAGUUGUUCACGUUCAAGGUAAUUGUGGAAACAAGAGGACCUCGUACAACAAUUAUAGAAUGUAUGGGCAAUCCACAUUCAAAAAAGAAAUCUGCAGCAGAGAAUGCAGCUGAAGGAGUAUUGUGGUUUCUAAAUCAACCGGGUUAUAGAUUGAAGAAGUACUGAAUUAACUUCCUUUUUUUGUUUUUUUGAAUGGUUAGGGAAUUGUGAUUUCAUAAACAGAAAGCAAAAGAAAGGAAGUUUAUAAAUUACUAGAGUACUUACUUUAUUACAGCAACUGCCAGAUGACGCAAUCGUUCAAAUCAAAGACAGUCUUAAUGCUAUGUAACUUAAGUGUAUGAAGAUGGUAUUGUAAUUAAGAUUCCAUUUAUAUAUGCGC